AAAAUUUUAUUUUAUUUUAUAGUAUUUUUGUUCAUUUUAUUAUUUUAAAAAAAUUCAUCAAUUUCAAAAGAUUUUAAAAAAUAAAAAAAAUAAUGGAAAAUAGUCGAAAGCAAAUUUCAUUUCAUACCGCAAAUCUUCCGCGCCAAGCUUAUUUUCGAACGAAGAAGCCCGCGCGUGAGACCAAUCGCCAAAACCAGACCCAUAAAUAAUUCCAACUUCAUGUUUCGUUCGUCUCUCUUAUCGAUCUACAUCUUCUCCAUUGAUCCUUCAGCAAGCUUUCUUUAUUCUCUCUGGUCGCGUUUAACUCCUUUCAUUUGCAUGUGUCUUUUCCAUUGAAAAAUGGAUGCACUGGAGCGCUCUCUCAAGUCCCCGAAAUUAGGGUAUCCCGCUGGCGUUGACGGUGAUGACGACAAAGUGAUUUCUGGGCUUAGUACGGUCCUGGUUGCUUCGAUUCAAGAAGCCAAAGAUAGGAUUUCGCAGAUAGAGCUUAUAUUCUGUAGGAAGCUUUAUCCCAAUUUUCAGUCAAAAUCUAAAACCCUUCAUAAAUUUUACUCGGAGGCCAGAAAAUCUCUGGAAGUGCAGUGGAAGGAGAAGGAGAAUGAACUGUUACUUCAGAUUGAGAAAAUGAGGCUCGAAAAUCAACGAGUUUUGGAGGAGAAUAGGCUGUUGAAUGUUGAGGAAGCCAAGGUAAAGGAAUUGGAGAAGGAGUUGCGUGCUAGACAGCUCAGAAUCGAGGAGCUGGAAAGGGAGAUCAGGAAGAAGAAUGAGGAAAUCGAGGAAGGAUUAAUGUUGCAUAAGAAUUUGGUGGACUUGGUUCAGUCAAAAGAGUCCUUGAUUUUGGAUAGGGAGGGGAAACUGGAACAGUAUGUUGAAAAGACCAAAGGGUCGAUUGCCAGGGUGAAAGAGUUGGAGGGAGAAAAUGAGGAUCUCAAGCUUGGACUAAGAGAGAAGGACGAAAAAAUGGCAGCGGAGAUCAAGUUGCGAGAAACGUUGCAUGCUAAUAAUUUGGAAUUGACCUCUGUGAUUGAGGGUUCUGAGAAGGAGAGGAAGCGACUUUUGGCUCAAAUAGUUGAGUUGAAUGAAGAAUCUACAGAAAUUCGAAAGAAACUCAGUAUUAAAACGCUAGAGUUUGAAGAAAAGGAAGAAAUGCAGGGGCAGUUGAUCAAACAAAUAGAAGUACAGAACUCAGAACUGUUGGAGAAUAAGAAAAAGUUGGAUGUGCAUGAGAAGGAGAAAGAACUUCUUCUGGAAAAAAUGACAAGUUUGGAAGAGAAACUUAAUCUGCCAUAUAAACCGAGUACUGGAAGAGGGGAAUCAUCUGAUGGGGUUGAUUCAUAUCGAAGGGUGCUUAAAGACGUUGAAUCAAUAUCAUCUGAGCUGCAGGCUGAGAGAAAAAAGAGGUUGCAUGUCACUGAAGCUUACAAAAGGCUGAAAUCUCAGCACAAUUACCUUCGUGAGAAGGUGGGUCUUACCUCAGAAAAUAUGCUUCCCGACAAAUUGGAAAAUGAAAGUGAUCUGUCCAAGCAUAAGAAUCCAAUUACCGCACCUGAUCUUACGGUUUCAAGUCCAAACACCUCCACAUAUAAUUGCGAGUCAGAAAAAGUAAAGAGUGAAAACUUAGAGGAUGACUUGAGAGGCAUUGAAAACAAAAUCCCUGAUACUUUUGUUGCUGCAUGCGACCUGAACAAUGUGAAGGAAGAAAUAUUCGAGGAUGACAGAGGAAUCAAAACCAUUCCUCAUUCUUCCAGUUUUCGCCGUGGCCCAAAAUGCCCCACCAACACAAAAUCGGCCUCUUUAUCUGGCACAAAGCGGCCUGCAUCUUCUUGGAGACAAACCAGGUCCCGCCAAAGUCGAGUAGGCAAUGACCCUCAUGAUGAUUUUCUCGACACUCCUCUUGAGAAUGUUAGAGCAAAUUUAAAUAAAGGUUCAAAUAAGGAAGACUUGCCGGAGCCAGUCCAGAAAGAUGUUAGCAUGGGCAAUUCAGAUGAUGAAACACAGGAUGUGAAUGCCAAAAGCAAUCCCCUAAGCAAGAAGUCUUCAGUUCCUUUGGCCAACAAGAAGAGCUUUAAGUACAUUGAACCAGUAAGGAAGAAAGCUGAGCGAGAAAAGUUGAAAGGAAUUGAAUGCAAACAAUGUAAGAAAUUCUAUGAUGCUGUUCUUUCAAGUGAAGAGGGUAAGGACCCUGAUAGUAGUAAGCAGAAUUUUCGAUGUGAACAUCUUGAUGGUGUUUCUAGGCAUCGGUAUAGAUAUGCUCCUCCUAUGACUCCGGAAGGAUUUUGGAAUAUUGGAUUUGAAUCUGAACUAUAAGGGAAAGGUUUUUCCUCCAACAUUGCAAUUGUAUUAUUUCAAUCUUCCAACUUUAAAGUAUAGUUUCCUUCACUGAAUCCCAUAGUAAAUGAAUCCUUUGGCUUUGAGGAAGAUAACCUUUAUGCCCCUAUUUA